AUGGCUCCUAAGCAAUCCGCCCGCCCUGGCAAAGUCAAAGGAAGCAAUAAACCAGCUCCUGCCGAAGUCAAAGGAAAAACUAAAGCACCUUCUGGCAAAGCACCUUCUGCCGAAGUCAAAGGAAGCACUAAAGCAACUUCUGGCGAAGUCAAAGGAAUUGAUAACGCAUUUUUUGGCGAAGUCAUAGAAAGCAAUAAAGCAUUCUGGACCAACGGGCAUGGCCUAGUCAAGGUCCUGGGUUUGAUCUGCCUGAUAAUUAGUAUACAGCUGUUCGCCAUGACCAGCACACACCCUAUUUUGACGCUGAUCCUCUAUAUGGAACUGGUGAUCGCUGUCUUCUUUAUCAUCCUCUACCUCUGUGCCAUUAACAGAUUCCUGUCCUUCAUCAUUUGGCCUAUUUCUGACUUCCUCAAUGACCUGUUCUGUUGUUUGUUCCUUGUGGGAGGCCUAUACUUUGCUUACGCAAGUCACACCGCCAUGCCAAUAAACUACCUUAUCGCUAUGGUCUUCAUGGUUCUGGUUGCCAUUUUUGCUUUUAUUGAUAUGUACCUUCAGAAAAAAAGCUUCCCACAUCAAGAGGAAAAAGCGGAUAAAGCGGAUAAAGCAGAUAAAGUGGAUAAAGUGGAUAAAGGGACUAAACAGGCUAAAGAGACUAAACCCCCUGCAAAGCCACCCAAGAAAGGGAAGACAAAAGGCAAAGCUUAA